GUGUGUGUGUGUGUGUGUGUGUGAGUGAGUGAGUGAGUUAGGGGAGGUUAACACACUGAUAAGCUGCUGCUCCAACACACACACACACACGAACACAGGGCAACAAUAGGAGGAGCCCGCCAGACUGAGACUUUAAUUGAGCUCCCUCCUCCUCCUCCUCCUCAUCCACCUCCUCCUCCGCGUCUCUUCCAGACCUCCUCAUCCAGCACGUCGUCCGCCUCCUCCUCCUCCUCCUCCUUCUUCUCUCUAACUUCUCGUCUUCAGUACCUCGGCUCAGUUUGACUCCGGACUGGAUACGACGGACGCGCAGUCAUGGCGCACGGACCGUUUCUCUUUCUUCUUCAUCUCUGCCUCCUCAGCUCGAGCGCUUGGGCCAGGGUGGAGGUGACCAUGCAUGCGGGUGUCGAGGUGUACCUGAGCGACUCGGCUCAGAUCCCCUGCCAGUACAGAUUCACCAACGUCGACUCUGAGCCCAGCUUCGUCAUGAUCCAGUGGUUUGUGAAAGGCGUCGGCCGCUCACGGACGCGGAUCUUCUACUUCGAUAGCCUCGUUAGCGCCGCUGACAACAACACGGACUACACCAGCCGCGUCCAAGUGACUCGAGACCCUGAGGGAACUGUGCUCACCAUCCGGGACGUCCAGCUCUCUGAUGAGAGGGAGUUCUUCUGCCAGGUCAACGGGCUCGAUGCCGGGGCCUCCGAGGGCAAGACCUACCUCAGAGUGUUUGCUCCGCCAGAGGCUCCGGUGAUUGAGGGCACCCUCACUGGAAUAUCUGUGACCAAAGAAGUGCCGUCUGAGGUUGCAUCAUGUGAGGUGACGAACGGCUUUCCCAAGCCCAACAUCACCUGGUACAGAAACAACAUGCCGCUGACGCCAGAUCCAGGAAAUGUAAACGUGUUGAUCCUGACCUGGGAGACCAAAGGCCUCUACUCGGUGCAGAGCACGCUGGAGUACAAGGUGGUGAAGGAGGACAAAGACGCCCUUUUCUCCUGUGAGGUCAGCUUCUCCGUCCCGGGAGCCAUCAGGACAGUGGAGUCAAACGGCAUCAACAUCACGGUUUUCUACCCUACCACCAUGGUGGAGCUGUGGAAGGAGUCUCCCAAGGGCCUGGUCAAAGAGGGGGAUGCUGUGGAGCUGCAUUGCCAGGGCGAUGGCAACCCCCCGCCGUCCUUCAUUUUCAGCAGAGAACAAGAGGUGGAUUACGACGUGCCGGGCAUCGGUGACGUGUUGGUCCUGUCCACGGUGACACGGAAAGACAGCGCCAUCUACCAGUGUCGGCCUGCGCACGCUGAGGGACACGCCGAAGUCAGAGGGGAUGUGCAGCUCACCGUGCACUAUCUGGAUCCAGCUGUUGUUGUGCCUAAAGAAUCUGAGUUCAUGAUCAAGGGAGAAGAUUUGACCGCGAGCUGCAACGCUCUGUCCUCCCUGAAAACCUCCACUGUCUGGUACAAGGAUGGCAAACAGGUGGGUGAGGGCAACACAUUGCACCUGCAGGACGCCACCUAUGACACAACAGGAGAGUACAAGUGUGAGGUGACCGUUCCCUCGCUGCCGGCGCUGAAAACCAGCGGCUCCGUUAACAUCAUCGUUCAAGGUGGUCCUCAGCUGAUAGGGGUGGAACAGGAGGUGCAGCUGGAGGAGGUCCAAGGCAUGAUGAUCAACAUCAGCUGUGAGGCGCUGGGUCAUCCACUGCCCAGCAUCUCCUGGAGCAUCGUCGGUGGCCAGAACUGGCUGGAGGUGGAGGUGGCGAACAAAGCGAAAGAGCACAGGGCGAAGAGCGUGGUGUCGGUCAAAGUCACCUCGGACGUCAGCGCUCAGUGCAAUGUGUCCAACGACAUGGGCACCGAGGUCAAGUCUUUCAGCAUCAGAGCCAUUCCCAGGGCCACCACAACCGCUCCCUUCUCUCCCGUUGACCGCAGUGGAGUGAUCAUAGUGGGGAUCAUAGUGUGUCUGCUGCUGCUCGCCAUCCUCGGCAGCGUCCUCUACUUCCUCUACAAGAAGGGAAAGAUCCCCUGUGGACGCUCGGGGAAGCAGGAGAUAACCAACGGGGAAACCACCAGAGACGACAUUGUUGUGGAGAUGAAGACCAACACAAAGACCGAGGAGACUGUGCUGCUCAAGGCCGUCAAUGGUGGCAAAGGGUUGCCUAAUGACAAGCGUAGCGAUAAUUACGUUCAUGUAGUUGAAGAUGAGGACUCAGAGUAUUGCCCGCCCAGUUCGACCCUGACGUCCUGGCAUAACGUGUCGUUGUUGACAGUAACGUCCCUGACGAUCCAGCUGCCUGAAGACGGCACCAUUGGAGCAUAGGAUGGGACGAGAGAUCUGCAGGAAGACACCACCACACAGACCUGGACAACUCCCCCCACCAUGCUUUGUCCUCAGCAGUAUUCAGUAGUUUUACACAGGAACACACACACACACACACACACACACACACACACACACACACACUGAUGUGCAUUUUCCUUUGAAUGAAUGUUUCCUGUACAUUCAGCUCCUCCAGUUGUUUGCACUCGGCCGUUGUUCAGAGCCAGUGCGAUGAUGUCCGUGUCUCUCGAUGCAUCCUUUUGUUUUUUUGUUUCUAUUUCUAUGAAGUGUACAUAUUAUAUAUAUUUUGUUAUUUAAGAUAUUUUGGCACUCUGAUUUUUUUUCGUUUCAUGGCAGCGUCUGGCUCGUGUGCAUGUUGAUCCAUGUUCACGUGUCCAGGGGAUUUUGAUUUAUUUUAUCAUGUUUUGUUUUUUGCGGACGAGACCCAACGCGACCAGCUGCUCCGCUGCGGCAGCUCUUUACCGUCGGUGCAGUCCCACUGAGCGACGGCUCGUCAGCGUGUUUGAUCGGAUAUAUUAAAUGAUUGACUCCAAUAUUCGUAGACGAAAUUUACCACCCGCCCCCCCAAAAAAUACAUAAAAUACUAAACGUUUCCUCUAGAAUCAGCAGUUGUACCAUUAGGGGGCGCUACACCUCAGCGUCCCGCCCCUAAAAGCUGUGGAUCAGACACACUGGCGUCCUGCAAACUACUGUCAAGCCCUCGCACUGAUUGUAAAUACGAGUUCAGACCCGCGAGCGGAGGCCUCGGACUGUCCCUGAAGGUGAAGAGGUCGAAGGUCGGUGAUCUGCUGUGCCUGUUUCUGACAACGCGUCGUACACUGAAAUCUUUUUUGAUUUAUUCCUUUGGUUUGCUCUGUGUGUUGUUUGGGCCCGAAGGAGCGUUUUUUCCAUGUCGUGCAUGUUUGAGCUUCACGCUGCAGAUACGCGUCAGAACUGUGAUUUAUUUCAGUUUUUGUUUCUGAGCCGUUAAACUUGUGUUUCUGCAGACUUAUUAGAAAAGAGUGAAACCAUAGAUUGGGUAUGAAUUGUAUCCUUAUACAUACAGUCUAUGAGUGAAACUGAUUUCAAACUGAACAGGCCAAGAAGUCAUUUAAUUGAAUACACAUCUGCAGCUAAAUCCAAAAGUUCAUUUACAAACGUUCACAGAUGUUUUUGAAGGCUUGAAAACGUUUCAAGCACAAACUGUAUUUUCAUCCACAGCAGAUUUAGUUUUUUCUGUCACAAUUUCAUGUUGAAAGGCACAAACUGACGCUAACAGGCUCAGAACAACGAUUCCUCCUCCCUAUUUGUAGUGAAGCAGCUCAAACGUGCACAGUGUCACGUUGCUCGAGGCCCGUGUUGUGAAUAAGACGUACUGAUCCCUCGCCGUGUAGGUUGUUGUGAAAAGAUUGUUUGACCUUUUUGUUGCGCUGACGUCGCUCCGAGGACUUGCAGCAGAAACAGAGUAGUGACAUGUUUUCUUGAUAUCGUUUUUUUUUCUUUCUUUAAGAUGUUUUAAUGUUGUAGAAAUAAUCCAGGUUCCGAACGUCCUCAGGCAAGAAGCAGAGUCCCAAGUUUCUCUGGUCUGCACCUCUUCGUCUUUUCACACGUUGUCCGACCACACGGGACAUUUUCUGUUCGUUGUUUCUGGAUUUUUUUCACCAGUGGGAAAGUACAAGUUUUUAAAAGUGAACGUUGCAGUUCUUUGUUUUUGUUUCCUCGAUGUGAGUAAUGUUUAUGUGACCAUUUGAUGCUUGCGUGUUUUUAUAUUUUUUUGCAAGAAAAUAAUGCCAAAUAAAAAUGUUCCAUUUGAAAAGA